AUGUCCCGCGCCCUCAUAAUCACCGGCGCGACCGGCAAACAAGGCAGCUCCGUCAUCGACGCCAUCCUGACCCGCAACCGCCUCCCUCACACGACCAUCCUCGCCCUCACCCGCGACGCCCGCUCGCCGUCCGCCCAGCGCCUCGCCGCCAAAUCCCCCACCAUCAAGCUCCUCGAAGGCGACCUCAACGACGUGCCCGGGCUCUUCGCCAGCGCCGCGCGUCUAGCGGGCGCCAGCACGCCGCUCUGGGGCGUGUACAGCGUGCAGGUGUCGAUGGGCAAGGGGGUGACGCUGGAAGGCGAGGUGCGGCAGGGCAAAGGGAUGGUCGAUGAGGCGCUCAGGGCCGGAGUGUCGCACUUCGUCUACAGCAGCGUCGAGCGCGGCGGCGACGAGCGCAGCUGGGAUAAUCCGACCGACGUCCCGCACUUCCGCACCAAGUGGGAGAUCGAGCGCUACCUGCGCGACCAGGCCGCUGCGAAGGGAGACAAGAUGGGAUGGACGGUGCUGCGGCCCUCCAUCUUCAUGGAUAACUUGGAGCCUGGGUUCCCUGGCAAGCUGUUCAUGACGUCGUUGAGGGAUACCAUGGGCGACAAGCCGCUGCAGUGGGUUGCCACCAAGGAUAUUGGCGUCUUUGGCGCUAUGGCGUUCGAGGAGCCGGAGAAGUGGAACCAUAGGGCUGUGGGGCUGGCGGGUGAUAUGGUGGACUUUGAUCAGCUGGAUACGAUUUUUACACGGGUGACGGGCAAGCCGGUUGGCACGACAUUUGGACUUCUGGGAAAGGCACUGAAGCAUGGAGUCAAGGAAGUGGGCACUAUGCUGGACUUCUUCAAGAACGAGGGCUACAAGGCGGAUAUUCAGGAACUGAGGAAGGAAUACCCUGGCAUGAUGGAUCUGGAGACUUGGUUGAAGACACAGAGCAAGUUUGUGAAGAAGAACUAG